CGCUGCGGCGCCAGGCUCCGGUUUCUCCCCUGUCUCUCUCGCUGCUGUCCAGGUACACCGCCUGCCUCUCCGCAGAAGAUGGACAUGAUGGACGGCUGCCAGUUCUCGCCUUCUGAGUACUUCUACGACGGCUCCUGCAUCCCGUCCCCCGAGGGCGAUUUCGGGGACGAGUUUGAGCCGCGAGUGGCUGCCUUCAGGGCGCACAAAGCAGAGCUGCAAGGCUCAGACGAGGACGAGCACGUGCGAGCACCUACAGGCCACCACCAGGCCGGCCACUGCCUCAUGUGGGCCUGCAAAGCAUGCAAAAGGAAGUCCACCACCAUGGAUCGGCGGAAGGCGGCCACCAUGCGUGAGCGGAGACGCCUGAAGAAAGUCAACCAGGCUUUCGAGACGCUCAAGCGGUGCACCACGACCAACCCCAACCAGAGGCUGCCCAAGGUGGAGAUCCUCAGGAAUGCCAUCCGCUACAUCGAGAGCCUGCAGGAGCUGCUGAGGGAGCAGGUGGAGAAUUACUACAGCCUGCCGGGACAGAGCUGUUCAGAGCCCACUAGCCCCACCUCCAACUGCUCAGAUGGCAUGCCUGAAUGUAACAGCCCCGUCUGGUCCAGAAAAAGCAGCAGUUUUGACAGCGUCUACUGUCCUGAUGUAACAAAUGUAUAUGCCACAGAGAAAAGUUCCUUAUCCAGCUUGGAUUGCUUAUCCAGCAUAGUGGAUCGGAUCACCAACUCAGAACAACCUGGAUUGCCUCUCCAGGACCCAGCCUCUCUCUCCCCAGUUGCCAGCACUGAUUCACAGCCUGCGACUCCAGGGGCCUCUAGUUCCAGGCUCAUCUAUCAUGUGCUAUGAACUAAAAAUCUAGUCUAGAUCAGUUCUGCCAGGAGGGCCUAUUACACAGGAGGAAAGAGGUCCAAAACGUCCAAAAGCAAGACAACCUGUAUAUAAAGAUUUCCAUUCAACUGUAAAUUUAUAAAUAUUAUUUUGCCACUUUAUAAGAAAGUGUAUUUAACUAAAAAGUCACCAUAGCAAUUAAUGCUUCAUUUCUUUUCUUCUUUUUCUUCUUCUUUUCCUUUUUCUUUGCUUUAGAUAUAUAGUUCCAAUAA